UAUUCUAGAUAUUUGCAAACGACUUUGAAACAUUGACAGUUUACCUGGUUUUAAUGUUUUUGUUACCGGUGAGAAAACUUUGUACUGAAAGCUCAAAAUUAUUUUCGAAUAGUCCUGUCAUAAUUCACUCGGUGUCUUCUGUGUUACGUACGCAAAGAAAAUCAUCGUCGGCUAUGUCGAAGUCAGCGUUGGUGAUACUCGCUCAAGGUGCAGAGGAAAUGGAGACGGUCAUCACUGUGGACAUGUUGCGCCGCGGUGGUGUGACAGUGACCCUGGCCGGUUUGGACGGUGGUUCCCCGGUGCUGUGCUCGCGUCAGGUGACCUUGGUCCCUGAUAAAUCCUUGGCUGAUGCAUUGGCAGCUCAGCCUCAGUAUGAUGCUGUAAUACUGCCCGGAGGCCUUGAAGGAUCUGAACGUCUCUCUAAAUCAAAUAUUGUGGGUAGUUUGUUAAAAGAACACGAGAGCAGUGGAAAAAUCGUCGCGGCUAUAUGUGCUGCCCCGACGGCGUUCGUAGCGCAUGGUGUUGCCAUCGGUAAGAGAGUGACGUCAUACCCCACCACCAAGGACAAAAUAACUGCUGACUAUACCUACGUGGAGGGGGAGAGGGUAGUUGUUGAUGGCAACAUUGUCACCAGCAGGGGUCCGGGAACAGCUUACUGGUUUGGAUUGAAGCUGAUUGAAAUGCUGUGCGGUGAAGAGAAGUCGGCUCAGGUGGAAAAGGGAAUGAUUAUUGUAGGGUACUAGAGUAAGGAUAUAUACAUACAGUGGAAACGUUAGACGUUUUAAGAUUUACUACGCUUAGAACGAG